AUGGCGAUCUUCAAACAAGUGGACGUAUUUUCCAGCUCAAGGUACAAAGGAAACCCUGUAGCUGUUUUCUUUGACGCAGAUGACCUCACCACAGAGCAAAUGGCACAGAUGUCCAUGUGGACAAACUUGUCUGAGGCAACUUUCAUCAUGAGGCCCACUCGCAAGGACGCUUCCUACAAAGUAAGAAUCUUUGCCCACGAGUUCGAAUUACCCUUCGCUGGCCACCCUACCAUUGGUACGUGCCAUGCUCUUUUGGAAAGCGGCCGCAUUGAGCCCAAGAAUGGCAAGGUCUAUCAGGAAUGUGGUGCAGGUUUGGUGGAGCUCACAGUCGAUAAUGAAGGAAUAAUUUCUUUUGAACUUCCCCGAGCCAAACAAUUGAGCACACCUGGUGACAUAACAGCCGUGACAAAGCUUCUUUUUUCAGGUGAUGUCAAAAUCGCCGCUCCAAAGGCCAUUCUCUUCGAUGUCGGUCCUCAUUGGCUCACUUUAAAGCUUGAUGAGGCCGAGACUGUGCUUCAGCUCGAGCCAGAUAUGUUCGGGUUGAAACAGCUUUCCGAGGCCUGGAAGAUCACAGGGGUUCAAGUUAUCGCGCCCCAUAAGGAGGGUAAUACCUAUGAAAUGAGGACUUUCGCUCCAGCGGUUGGUGUGUCUGAAGAUCCGGUGUGUGGGUCGGGUUCCGGGGCAGCAGGUGCUUUUCUAGCUGCCAUUGGCGAAGUCAAAGGAGCUUUCAACAUCAUUCAGGGUACAAAAGUGGGUCGUGAGGGCAGAGUGGAGGUGAAUAACGAGGACAAGAUUACUGUAGGAGGUCCUACGAUAACCACUUUAGAGGGAAUUUGGAAACCAUAG